UCAUGGUGCAAUCUCAGGGCCCCUUAGGAGGAUUUGAACUCGUGGAAAAUCGUCCAACAGCUGGCAGUAACACCAGUCUGGAGGUGACUCUACUUGAGGCUGACUCCACCACAGUGACUGAAGUCACUUUGGUCGAAUCCUCAGGGUCAGGACAGGUUAACGGACUUGUGGAGGCUCAGGGUGGAGGGCAAUACUUGGUCCACUUUGACAAGAUCCCAUCAGUUGAGUUUGUGGUAUUAGUGAAAGGACAGAGUACCAACAGUACAACUUCUAGAGCAUCCUCAGUGGCAUUCCAGAGACAGUCUACAACCAGCCUGAGAGCCUCUACACUAACUGUUACUGUGUCUGAUACAGGAAGUGUCUUAGAGCCUGGAACUCCACUCCUCGUUCCCUUUUCUGUAACGACCACUGGUGAUGGAGGAAACUUUGUAAUCAAAGCUACCAAUAACCAAGGAUUUAAUUUAACCUUUCCAUCCAAUUUAACCCUGGAAAGUGGAGGUAGUGCCAACGGUACAGCCAGUAUCACAGCACCCUCUACCUCCCAGUCUGGUACUGGUGUCACACUGACCAUAGAGGCUGAAGCUCCAGGAGGUGCAGACACCAACUAUGGUGUGCUGCGUCUCACUGUUCUUCCAAAGGUGACAGAUUUUUCUCCUGUAUUUUGCCAGCUGGUUAGUCUCCAAUCCAACUGCAGUGACAACUGCAACCAGUCUAUGUGGGAGCUCUCUGUGGAAGUGACUGAUGGAGAAAAUGGGACUGGGAUAGAUCGCAUCAGUCUCAGAGAAGGCAGCGGCAUCUUAAACUCCAAUAUGACAACAGCCAAUGGGAGUGUGACGCUGGUAUCGUACAACGCAUCCUGCUGCUCGCCUAACGUGCAGAUAGUGGUUGUAGAUCGAGUGGGUAAUGUGGAUGUCUGCAGUUAUUCUGUUACUCCAAGAGUCAGUGCAACUGUCAGUCCAGCUUUUGGUUCAACUGUCAGUCCGACUGUCGCCUCAACUGCCCAGCCAAGUUCCUCAACAACAACUUCACCAUCCAGAGCUGCUCAGCCCUCUCUUCUUUGCUUUAACGUCAUGAUUUUAGGGCUUAUCCUGGGCUGUAAGAUCAGAUAAUCUUUUUCCACUGUCAAGUGUUGUGAUGGUGUAGAAAAUCACCCACAGGAUGUUAACAAUCAGUCAGGUCUUACAUAAAAGUGACAGUUUUCAAACUACAGCUAAGGAAUUUGUUAGAUAAUUACUCCAUUACUGCAUUCAAGCAAGAAAGACAUGAAUUAUUAAAUUCCACAAAAACACCUAACACUAUAUACAAUGAAACACACAAGCACUUGAACAGCCUUUAGAAAUCAUGUAUGGACCUGACAUUUUCCUCUUGGGUGCAUGUCCACUGUGACAGACAUCAUCUUAAAAAAAACAAAAACAAACUGGAAAUCAAAUUGCACGAUUCUUUUAAGUAAUCUGUUUGUAUUCUAAUGCUAUAAAUAGGUAUUUGAACACCUGUCUAUCAGCUAAAAUUCUGACCCUCAAAGACCUGUUGGUUUAAAAAGUCCACCUCCACUUUGCUAAUUAUCCUAAAUCAGAUGCACCUGUUUGAGGUCGUUAGCUGCAUAAAGACACCUGUCCACCCCAUCCAAUCAGAACGACAACAACUACUAACAUGACUAAGACCAAAGACAGCCAGCGAGGCAAAGUGGGCCCUACAUGGUUUAAAAGAGGGCAGAAAAUGAGGUCCCUGAAUGAGUUUGUCUGCAGUUUCCGUGGUGGCUCCAUCAGAGUGUUCAAAUACUUUUUUGUCUCACUGUAAUAUCUAUCAGGAGUUAAAAAUAAUAGUGAGCAAAUGUAUGUUUAAAACAUUCACAAGGUAAAUCAAAUCUAAGGUUUCUUAUAUGGGAUUCUAUUCUGAUCUUUGUUUUAUUCAAUGCAUUUUGAUAUUUUCACUAUUUUUGAUUUAUUGUCUUUUUUUUCUUGACAUGAACGAACUUUACUAGUUGAUUAAAAUACUUUAUUCCUACAUCUGCAUACAGUUUGUUGUAGUUCUAAAACCAAUCUAGAAUAUGUUGCUACUUUUGCUCUCUAAAGGUUUUACAGCAGAAGACAUAAAGUUUGGCAAAAUUAUAACAAUUCAUGAUGGAAGUGUAUGUAUUUUUUUUCAUUGAAUUAUUUUUUCUAAUUAUGUACAUUAUUUGAAAUCUGGUGAUUUGCUUUACUUGAUUAAUAUAUUUUAUUUUAAAACAAUGUAUUGGGUACAACAAAUAUUUUCUUAAAACAAUGUAUGAAGUAUAUCUGCUGCUACUGCUGAUUUGUGUGUGUUCUGAUAAAUAAAAAGAGGUGGCGGUACAAGUAUCAAAUCUCAUUCCACGAAUAAAAGUAAUGAGAAAUCUUCAUCCUGAAACUGGCCCGCAAAAAAAAAAAAACAAUUUUAACCCCUAAAACCUAUUGAUGAAAAUGUGUUUAAGGAGCAUAAACAUACAGUAUAUUAACUCACUGGGUUCCAUUUUUAGAGUCUUUGCUAUGUCUCGGCCGGGAUUUGAAUUCACAUCCUUCAAAUCUCAGGGCAGGCACUCUACCACAAUGUCACUGAGCUGGCAGGCAGGUUCCCUCCACGGCACUGGUGGCGGCGUAGGAGGGGUUCCGGCUCCUGCUGCCCCAGCGGGGAAUCUUGGUGUGGGGAUGGUCAGGCACACUCCCUCUUUGUACAUUCCCUCAUCAUCCUCCUCAGCAGAACAUAAACACUCACCUGAGCACAGGUGUCAGCCCACCUAGUAUACGCCACAGAAUGAAAGGCCUUAUUUGUGUGGGUUUAUAUGCAUAAGUGUGUGUGUAGACA